UUCAUCUGGCAGCCCUGCUGUCAACUGUCAAAUUAUACUGUUUGGCUUAGCGCUUGCUUUUGUAGUAGAUCACGGCAUUAUAUAAAGUAAUUUAACAAAAGAAGUGCAAAUAUGUAAACUAACUUGUGUGUAUUCAUUUCGUAGCAACAUAGCAUCAGCAUCGUAUCAGCAUGGAUAAUUGAAUUGUCGUCGAUCAUAUUUAUUCAUUCAUUCCAAAGAGUUCAUUUCAUUCAUUCAGCAAUAAUUCCAUAGUAUUACUCUUUGAUGAUAAUUCAAUAUGUGCAAGCGAGCAAACUAAGAGGAUAGCGCAUUUUAGCCCUUUACAGAAAAUCGCAAUGUAAUAAUCCAAUAAAGAAGAGUAACUUUGUUAGACGUUCAAUCUAAUAUACCUUUGCUGUAUAUCAAAUAUGGCUCCUUCUCUAUUUAGUUAUGAAACUCUUGUACAUGCAUUGGCCGGUGCCACGGGUAGCGUGGUCGGAAUGGCCGCGUUUUAUCCUUUGGACACAUUAAGGUCCAGAUUACAAGUGGAGGACCCAAAGAAGCUGCAAGGAUCAUCUUGGGAAUUGCUUCUUAAACUGGCAAACGAAGAAGGUAUUGAUUCCUUGUAUCGAGGCCUGACUCCUGUUCUGCAGUCACUAUCAGUGUCGAAUUUUGUUUACUUCUAUACUUUCCAUGCUCUUCGCAGAUCUUGUGCCAAAAACACAUCUGCCCUUCAAGACUUGAUGUUCGGUAUUGUUGCUGGCAGUAUCAAUGUCCUGAUCACUUCUCCACUAUGGGUUGUCAACACUAGAAUGAAGCUGGAAAAAAAUUCAUACAAAAACCUAUCUCAAGGCCUUUUUACUCUCUAUAAAAAUGAAGGGGCAAAAGGUUUGUGGUCAGGCACAGUACCCUCCCUUCUGCUUGUGUCAAAUCCAGCCAUACAAUUCAUGGUUUAUGAAGCUUUGAAGAGGAAUUUGGUAGCUAGAGGGCGGUUUGACACAUACACAGCAUUUUUGGUAGGAGCAUUAGCUAAAGCAGUAGCAACUACAGUCACAUACCCACUUCAACUGAUACAGUCCAGAUUGCGUGCUGGAACUAGCAUGAAGCCCUUGUUGAAGGAUGUUAAAUCUAAUCCCCUCACAAUAUUCAGAGGACUGGAAGCCAAGUUACUGCAGACUGUCAUGACAGCUGCACUCAUGUUUCUUAUCUAUGAGAAGCUUGUUCGCUUAGUAUUGACUAUAAUGAGAGUUAGGUUGACUAAACAUUAACCAAUGCAAUUUUUUGCAGAGGAACUUAUAAUUCUCUAAUUAUAUUUAAUUAAUUGGUGAACAAGGUGUGUAACUUUUAUUAUUAUCUUGUCCUUGAUAAAAUUGAUACAAGAUAUCUUUAGAGGAUAAGCUAACUUAUAUUGGUGGUAGUAUUAAAAUUGUUUGUGAUAGGUAUAUUAUUUAUGUCAUUGUAGUCAAUUGGAACAGUGAUGGGACAGUGAUUGGAACAAAAUGACAUUCAUUAUUAAUUCAUACCAAAUUAUUUGUACACUUUAAUAAUAAGUGUAAGUGAUAGUGCCAUGACAAAACAUUCAAGUUUAUUAUUAUUGAUAUUUAUUUUUUCUUAUUUGUUAUUAUUUAUUUGGUCCAUUGAUUGAUAUGUCAGCGACACUCGACGAGUAGUUUAAAUUAUAAUAUUCAGAACCUGGGGCUAAUUCCAGUACACACCAUCUAAUUUUAAGUUAUACCUGUCAUUUUCUUAUCCGCCGAAAAGGAAAGGGACGGGUAAUCGACAGGCAUAAAAUUUAUGGAACACACAUUAAUUUUAGGCACAAAUCUAGAACUAGCCUCCAAAAUGUUUAAAUUGGUCGAUAACCCGACAGAAUUAAGUUGAUAGAUGGCACGCGUCAAACAGUUUGCAUACGAGCGAGAUACAUAUUUGAUUCGUCCGGGUUAUUCAUUCAUUCAUUCUAAAAUUAACAGCUGCCAAUCAUCUAUCCCUUUCCUUUUCGGCGGAUCAGAGAAUGACAGGUAUAACUUAAAAUUAGAUGACGUCUACAGGAAUCGGGGCCAUUGAAUACAAUGAGAAUUGCUCAAUUUUCCGAGAUUUCGAUUAGAAAUAUUUUCUUGUUUUGUAUAAUUUAAAUUGUGAUGGUGUCGGCUGUGCGGUGUGUGGUACCACUAACUCAUUCCAAAGAGGUUUUUGUUUUAUUGUUACGUUAAUAAAAACAUUUUACUUAA